CCCAUUCUAUCUCUCUCUCCCUCUACCUCUCCCUCUCUGUUCUUGAAUACAUCUCUCUUUCACAGAUACAUCUCUCUCUAUUUGGGAUAAUCAUUGUUCAUUAUCCACAAGUUUUAGGUUUUGGAUUGAGGUUUCAAUGGCUGCUGAGGACUCAGAUUGCUUUACCCAAUUUGUUUCGGAAACACUUGAGACAGAUUCACUUGGGGGUGAAGCAAAAAGUGUCGAAAUUGGACUCAGACAGAGCGAAGCUGAACUGGGUUCGGGGAAGAAGAUGAAGAUAAGGGCUGAAAUCGACACGUCAGCGCCUUUCGAGUCUGUGAAGGAGGCAGCGAGUCGAUUCGGUGGAAUCGGUUUCUGGAAACCCAAUUCCCACAAGCCCUCUGAAUCUUCUGAGAGAAUUUACGGAAGGAUAAAACUCCACCGGCAUUGUUUUUCAACAUUGUUAGUCCCUAGCCUAGACAAAGGAGGAGGAUUAUGUGUUAACCAAACAACCAACACAUCAAAGUCCUAUCAGAUUUUGAACAUGAAUCUGAAUAUGAACAUGCAGCAAAGAGAUUGGCAAAAGCUUCCCCUUCAAGGCCAGCGGGAAUGAAACUGCUUAAUAGAUCACAAGAAGCAGGAAGAAGAGCAUUUUGUUGCUCCAGCUGAUACCUGAACUUGGCAAGAGAACGACUACCUAUAUGUUUAAGAAUGAUAGUGUUCAUGGUCAAUGGGAAAAAAAUGAGCUUAAGGUUCAGGAUUCUAAGACCCUUCUCUUUGGUGACAAACCCGUCGCAGUCUUUGGUAUGAGGAACCCAGAGGAGAUCCCAUGGGGUGAAGCUGGAGCUGAAUAUGUUGUUAAGUCCACUGGAGUUUUUACUGAUAAGGACAAAGCUGCUGCGCACUUGAAGGGUGGUGCAAAGAAGGUUGUCAUUUCUGCUCCAAGUAAGGAUGCUCCCAUGUUUGUUAUGGGUGUCAAUGAGAAGGACUACAAGCCAGAUAUUGAUAUUGUUUCCAAUGCUAUCAACAAACCAUUAACAUUAUCAAUAUCUAGCAUUGGAAACAUUAUUAUACCCAGUGUGUUAGUGUUCCCCUUCAAUUACUAUGCAUUUGUCUACACCAUUAACAUUUGUUGUAUACAGUUUUUAUUUAUUUAUUUAUUAUUAUUAUUUUAUUAUUUUUUAUGGUUAAUUGAUGGAAUGCUUUCGAUAUAUUUCAGGGAGGAAUUUAAGGAUGAGGAGAUGGUUGAUGUGAAGUCAUUACACAUCCGAAACUUUCUCUAA